CCGAGGGAGAGGGUAGAAUAGAGUGUACUUCUGGGGGGAGCCACCGCCCUGUGCCCAGUGUAUUACGGAUGAGCGCUCGCGCGAGUGCGCUGGACAUGCUAAAGGAACACAAGAAUGGAUACGUAGCCGCACAUCAAUCUUUACAGACGUUUUCACAGUGGAUAGUGCAACAUUUUUGUCUUAUCUUCGUCAAGGAACUCAAGGAAAACGAAACCCGACUGUAAACAGAAGUGACACAGAAAGAGAGCAGUUUACGUCAUUCAGUGAAGAACUAGAGGAGCUUUCAUCUCGAGAAUCUGCUUCCCUGACUGUGGUGUUGUCGCCUUCAUUGAUACAAUGUGAGGACUGCCACCCUUCGAACAUCUAUUUUUACACUCAUUCUUCCAAUAAACCUGUCAAAAAGCUGGGAAGGCAGACACAAAACAUCGGAUUACUUUGAGACUUUAUCAAUGACACUGGUUUUGAUUCACAGAAGUCCGGCGUGCUCUUAUGGGAGAUCAUAUAGAAAAAAAGUGACAGUGAUGUUAAUGUAAGGGAAAAAUAUACCCGUUCGGUGAAACGAUGUGUAUCGUACUGAAUUAGAGCAGAUUGCACUCGUCAAAAACCUCAGAGGGUAGUCCUAGGGUUUCCAUUGUUUAGAUUUCUUUUCUUUUCUGUUGCUACGCGCGAAUUUGGUUGUGAUCUGCAUAUCGAAUAUACAUUAAUUUCGCGUAAAAGCAAGAAAAAUGGAGAAUCGAAUCUGGGCUGGUCUUCUCAACCCAGAAGGGUGUUUCGCGAGCUUGUAGGGGAUAGACAAUUAUAGCAUUGUUCGUUACCGUAAUUACCACCUCCUGCUGCUUUUCAAUCGGCCCGCAGUUAGACAUGAAAUCAAUUUUGAUCAAUAUUCUACUCCGUAGAUGGCCAUUGUGUGAUGACGACAGGGAAAGCCAUCCUCGGCGUGUUUACCUCUAGUUAUUGAUCUUAAGACAGGCUUUAUGCUUGCUGAUGUAGCCAUUCUCCUCUCCAACGAGGUGUACGCCUUUAAGGCCAAUGUAAAUUUGCAUACGACCAGACUUUGUGAUUUUACUUCCUCCUCCAAGAUUUAGAUUUGAGGACAAAUAGGCCAUGGCAGACUCCGGGACACUUAGCUCUUUAACCACCGACGUACCUAUCCUGAACCUCGUCACAGCGUUACAAGAUAGCCUAACCGCUGCUUUAAACGCCAGCACGUCUUCCCAUGGCGUCAUCACCAGUAGCACUACUGUGGAUAAUGUCCACUCUUCGUUCAUCGGAGGAUCUUCUACGACCUUACUUCCACAACUUUCCAACAUCCUUAGGAAUCGUACGGAAGACCUCAUGCGGCACCCACACAGACAACACAGUCACCGCCAUUCCGGGAAUAGUGGAAGUCACGUCAUCCAUAGCUCCAACGCUAGCAACAGCACGAGUGACGUGGACGUGGGACCUCCGGAGUGGCACCUGACAGUGUACAGUCAGGAGCACCUUAUCGUCACAAGCAUUAUUCUUGGUCUUUUCGUCCUCUGCUGCAUCAUCGGAAACUGCUUCGUAAUUGCUGCGGUUAUCCUGGAACGGUCACUUCACAACGUGGCUAACUACCUUAUCCUCUCGCUGGCCGUGGCGGACCUAAUGGUGGCAGUGCUGGUCAUGCCCCUAAGUGUAGUCUCCGAGAUUAGUCAGGUGUGGUUCCUGCAUCAGGAGGUGUGUGACAUGUGGAUCUCAGUGGACGUCCUCUGUUGUACCGCCUCCAUUCUUCACCUGGUCGCCAUUGCCAUGGACCGGUACUGGGCGGUGACCAGCAUUGACUACAUUCGCAGACGAAGCGCACGUCGCAUUCUGUUGAUGAUCACAGUUGUGUGGAUCGUAGCUCUGUUCAUAUCUAUCCCACCGUUAUUUGGAUGGAGAGACCCUAACAAUGAUUCAGACAUAACAGGCAAGUGCAUAAUCUCCCAAGAUAAGGGAUACACAAUCUUCUCUACGGUCGGAGCUUUCUAUCUGCCCAUGGCAGUUAUGAUGGUCAUCUACACGAGGAUUUACCAGGUGGCCCGCUCCAGAAUUCGCAAAGACAAGUUCCAGCAGAACAAAGCCAACAUGAAGACUGAAGAAACAACACUCGUUGCUUCCCCUAAAACAGAGUACAGCGUUGUCAGUGACUGCAACGGCUGCUCUCCUCGAAAUGACCACGAGAAGAAGAAGCGUCGGGCACCAUUCAAAAGCUACGGUUGUUCGCCAAGACCCGAACGAAAGAAAAAUCGCAACAAGAAACUAACCACGGCGUAUGCUGAACGCUCUUGCACCGUUGUGGAACCCGAACCGAGCAGUGAACAAGCAAACGGACUGAGCUGUUCCGAGAGCGCAGACAACGCGUUGAGUGCAAGCGAUAGUGGGAACAACAUCCGUUUGAAGCAGAUAAUCGAGCCGGACGCCUUCACUAACGGUUGUAACGACGAGGCCAAUAUCGCCAUGUUGGAGAGACAAUGCAAGAACGGAAAGAAGAUCAGCGCCAACGACCUCACUCCUUACUCAAGGGCGCGGGAGAAACUGGAGCUCAAGAGGGAGAGAAAAGCAGCGCGCACUCUGGCCAUCAUCACCGGGGCUUUUCUUAUCUGCUGGCUACCCUUUUUCAUUAUUGCUUUGAUCGGCCCGUUCGUUGACGAGCGGAACAUUCCCAUCUUUGCCCGGAGUUUCGUCCUCUGGCUCGGCUACUUCAACAGCCUGCUAAACCCGAUCAUUUACACCAUUUUCAGCCCCGAAUUCCGAAGUGCUUUCCAGAAAAUUCUUUUCGGCAAGUACCGAAGAGGGCACCGAUGACGAUUGAAAUGACAAUGAAGUAAGGAGAACACGCUGAACAAAAACACGCAGGAAAACGAAGCAUUCUUUUGUACAUAGAACGUGAUCUCCCAUCAGCACUAAACAAAACACUACGGUUCUGAUAUGGAUUAUUUUUGCUGUGUUACUUGAAGUGCUGUACAAAACUUUAAACAUGUGUGUUCGGAUGUAAUAUGUACUCACACAUUAGCAUUGAACUCGAUCAACAUUACAGAUUCAUACUCUGAAAAUGCUUUUCUUAAAAUAACAGCAAUGCUUUAUUGUCAUUAUCAUGUUUGUUUUCACUCUUUAGAAUAAUGUUGUUUUCUGUGAUCUACAAUGGAGUUCUCUUGGAGUCUCUCUUAUCGUGAGAUUUACAUUAGUCUGAGGACUGAUGAGGUCUGAAGGAAAGGACGGGGAUGGAGUGGGGUGGGGGUGGGGGUGGUGGGGCGUUCCCCGUAAAAAAGAAUUAAAAUACUAGUCUGGUAACAAUGAUUUACUGCAGAAAGAGGGACCAUUUCGUUUAAUCGUACAUAAUAGGCCAAAAAACAACAACAACUAUAACCACUUUUAGUACAAGAUUAGAUAUUUGAUGUUAAACCUGAUGCUGCAAGUCUACAUACCUGGCUAAGGGAACAAAUGGACAUUAAAAAAAUAUCCACGUCUUGGGCGAAAAAAUAUAAUGGACAUAGUUUCUUUGACGACCUCAUCCUUUCACCAUCAUUGUCGUGAUCAUUAUCACCAAACGACUGUGGUUGUUGAUGAAGAGCUCUAACAAUAUUUAAGAACUAUGUCUUUCAUUACUUUCAAACAGAUACUGAGGGAAAUUAAACAAAAACCUUGGCUUAUGGCUCUGUCAAGGUCAGCCUCUUUAGUAACAAUUUGUUUUAGUGGUAAUUUUACUCUUAAUCAGUGUCUUUGACUUGCCACCCUCAAGCACUGUUUACCAGAAUCCCAUUAACCCAUUUUGUACAAUGCCUUCCAUUUUCUUUUCAGAAAAAGAAUACAAAUGGUGCUUGUUACGGGGGUGUUGUGUGCAAUUUCGAGUUUUGUUUGUAAAAAAGUGAAUCAUAAAAGCUUGAAAGGACGGGUUUACCACUCAAUCAGCGUAGAGUACGUGUUUAUGUUCUUUCUGUAUUAACCCAAUAGACUGUCGUUUGCAAUACAAGAUAAUUAUUUUGUUCUAAA